AUUUCAUUUGCCUGUUUCCUGAUGAUUUACAUGCAUCCUUCGCAUUCUUCUUCUCCUUCUUCUUUGUUUGUUCUCUGUUUUGUGGCAAGUAUUUGGUUAAUCGUUGCGUUCUGAGUCGUUGGAGAGAGCUAUGAGCCGUUGUGUGAGGAAUUGUGGUAUUUAUAGUGUUGUAUUUUGAAAUCCGGAUUACUUUUUCUGCGACAUUUUUUUGGAGAUUUCCCUUUUUUGCCUUUCUUGGAAGUGGUCAAAGUGAUCAAUUGUUGUCAAUGCUUGUAAGUGUUGUUAUAGAUAGCGGGCGCGGCAUGGAUGUCGUUGUCGGUGGACUAAAUUAGAGCUUGGUUCUUAUCUUGCCACGGGGAUUUCACAUUGAGAAAGUGUGAAGUUUUUUGAAGGGGGAAAGCAACCUGUGCAUAAUUAAAUAUGCGGAAUAAUUGGUUGUUCUUUAUGGAUCUUGAUAAUGGGGGUUCUCCUUACAUGUUCCCCGCUGAUCCAUUUGCUCCGCAAAUUUUUGGGGGUAAUUUAUUAUCCCAAAUUAGUUGGUUUGUAGACAAUUCAGUUUACCACUCCAAACAGUUUUAUGUCCCUGGAAGUUUGGCUCUUCAGGAAGCUUUCAACUGUCUCUCAAAGUUUUCAGGUGCCCUAUUGUUUUGGUUUGCCAGUGUGUCAAAUUCUAGAACAAGUGGCAACUUUCCAGGAAAUUCGCAUAAAUCGAAAGGCCAUAACUCUCCUGUGCGAGUAAAACACAUAACCUCAAGUAGACAUAAUCUUUUAGGAUUUUUCUGCAAUUCUAGGUCAAAGGGGAAAUCUUCUCACUCGAAGAUUUCAAGCUUCACUGCUAGACAAUUGCAGAAUGGAGCUGAGGAGCUUCUAUCAUUCCCGGCCCUCUCAUUGGCUGCUGCUUUGGUUCCACCCUUUGACAAUGUGUCCACAAAGGCCUUAGGUGUUCCUUUGGUGAACACUACUGAUUUGCAGAUCCAGAGAUGCAUGGAUGAAAAUCCCUGUGAUGUUGAGCAUCAAGGAUGCACCGAUCUUUCUUUUUCUGACUUGAACUGGACAAGGCAUGCAGUUGAGCCCAGAACUGGCAUCAAGUUCCCUACUAUUUUGGAUACCAUUUUAGCUGGAGAGAACAACUCCCUUUCAGCAUCAGAGGUCCUUGUGGGAACUGGAUCUAGAACUAUGACCAUAAUUAAAAUCAAAUCAUUGAAGGUCUAUGCAUUUGGGUUUUAUGUUCAUCCUUAUGAUGUCUGUGUGAAGUUGGGUCCAAAAUACGCUUCUAUUCCUGUUGGUGAAGUCAACAAUUGCCCUGAGUUUUAUCAGGAUCUUCUCAGGGAGGAUAUCCAUAUGACUCUUAGGCUUGUGCUUAAUUGUAAUGGGAUGAAAAUCAGUACCGUGAAAGAUGCUUUCGAGAAAUCCCUUCGAGCACGGUUAGUUAAGAUGAACCCAGACACUGACUAUAACUGCCUCAAAGCAUUUGGUUCGCUUUUUGCACAAGAUAUUGCCUUGCAUGCGGGAACAACAAUAGAUUUCCGGCGAACAGCUGACGGACAACUAAUUACAGCGAUUGGAGGGAAUGAAAUUGGAGCUGUCCACAGCAAGGAUUUGUGCAGGGCUUUCUUCGAUAUGUACAUCGGAGAUCUUCCUGUUUCUGAGCAAACAAAAGAAGAAAUUGGUAGUAAUGUUUCUCGUAUCAUGAGGAGGUGCUAACCCGCCGGGUUCCUUCCAUGUCUCCAUUGUCCCCCUUUUUACGGACGAUUGGUAGCUUGUGUUGUCCAAGUAACCGGGUGCCCAUUUGCACAGCCGGGCCAAGGCCAAUUAUGGUUUAGCUCUUCUGAUUAAUUCUCAAAUUGAUAGGGUAGGGGUUUGCCUCGGGCAUUUAGGAUAUAGACAACUUCCAUGGAUGCUGUAACUAUUCUUUUUCAUAUUCGUGUUCGUGUUCGUGUUCGUCUUUUGUCUUUGUCUUUGUCUUCGUCUUCAUGGGAUUGGCAGCAAGUAGCCAGAUCUCUAGGUUUGGAGUGUGGAUUUUCUUCCUCCUCUUUUGUAAUUCAGCCCGGACCUUGCUGACCAAAUCCCCAUAUUUGAUGUAAGAUUAUAAUCUGUGUUUUUAUGAAAUUAGGUGGUGUAAAGUGAGCUUC